AAGCAACAAACUCAGAAAGCAAAAGUUAGUUGUUUGUUUUUUAUCGCUUUCUCUGGAAAAUCAUCAGUUGUUUUUCCAUUCUCAUUGUUUGGUUUUUGAUGGAAAAGGUUGUUGGAGGAAAGUAUAGAAUUGGUAGGAAAAUUGGCAGUGGAUCAUUUGGUGAAAUUUAUAUUGGGGCACAUGUUGUGACUUCUGAGCUUGUGGCCAUUAAGAAGGAGAAGAAGAAAACUCAACAACCACAGCUACUAUAUGAGGCAAAGUUAUAUAACAUUCUUAAAGGAGGAAGUGGUAUUCCAAGAAUGAAAUGGUUUGGUACUGACGGAGACUAUAAUGUUCUAGUUCUUGAACUUAUGGGCCCGAGUCUCGAUGACCUGCUUUACUACUGCAGUGGGAAGUUUUCGCUAAAAUCGGUUUUGAUGUUAGCCGAUCAAAUGCUUACGAGGAUAGAGUAUUUACAUUCCAAAGGAUUACUACACAGAGAUAUCAAACCAGAUAACUUUCUUAUGGGUCUUGGGAAGAAAGCAAACCAGGUUUGUAUGAUUGAUUUUGGACUUUCAAAAGGAUACAGGGAUCCUAUCAGUUACAAGCAUAUUCCUUACAGAGAGAACAAAAACUUAACAGGAACUGCACGUUAUGCAAGUAGCAAUACUCACAAAGGAAUUGAGCAAAGCCGCAGAGAUGAUUUGGAGUCUCUUGGUUAUGUUCUUUUGUACUUUUUGAGAGGAAGCCUUCCUUGGCAAGGUCUGCAAGCUGCCACCAGAAUGCAAAAAUAUGAAAAAAUAUGCGAAACGAAGUUAAACACUCCCAUUGAGGUACUUUGCAAGUCAUGCCCCGUGGAGUUUGCUUCUUACUUUCAUUAUUGCCGCUCCUUGACAUUUGAUCAACGACCAGAUUAUGGAUAUUUGAAGCGCCUGUUUCGUGAAUUGUUCACUUCUAAAGGAUAUGCUGCUGACUAUUUAUAUGACUGGACGAUUUUAAAAUAUCAGGAGAUUCAACAGAUAAAGGAACAAAAUCAAUCAAUAGCUCCAGUUGCCGUGCCUACCAGUCUUGAACCAGGGGAUGUGGAUGAGCAUAGAGAAUACAAUGACUGUACUCAAAAUGUUGUGCCAAAGCCAAAAAUCUAUACCGACCGUCCACGUGUGUGUAUGAAGCUCAGGGUAGCUAACGUCGACAAUCUUGAUGAUGAGAUUCAAACAGAUAAACAAAAAGUGAAUACUGAUUUGCCUAUUUCCACUGUCAUGCCUACGGAAGAUGUUCCAAAACCAGAAACGACUGUGGAAACCUCAAACCCUAAUGACGUGUUAGGGAGUAAAUGUGGUGCUUCUGAUGACUUGGUUCCUUCAAUACGCCGAGUUUCAUCCAUCAAUUAGACGGUAGGGGACAUUUUUCCAACCUAACAAACUUGUGGAUUUGGCCAGAUUGAUGCACGGGCUACAACUCAUAGACAUCUCGGUAGAAUAUUUUGUCGUGUUGCUUACUUGGUUUAUUUCUCAGUGUUGGAAUUUGAAUUACUCGCGACGAAGAAAUUUUCCACGAAUUUGCUAUGAAGCUUCAUUGAGAUUGAAAAUUCGAGUAUGAGGAGAAGCAUGAUUUGAAGUUGAUCAAAGUGUUUUGACCCAUUUUCGAAGAUGUCUUUGUUGAAGGGUCUAAGUGCCCUACUAAUUCUGUAUAAGAAAGUCGAAGAAGAGCUGCAGGAAGACCUUGGCUUGAUUGGCUAACCUAAUUGCAUUUGCUGCUAAGUUGCCAUUUUCGAACGAACGGCUGCUAAUUCGAUAUUGGAAGACAGUUACCAACCGUCACAAAAGCAGCGGGAUAAAGAAGCGCCAGGACAUUAAUUUCUCUUCUUGUAGUUUGAAUUCAAAUCUUGUUAGAUAUCCCUAGACAGUUACUACACUGCAGGUACUUAGGCUCUUAAACAUUAUAGUUACUUAAUUUUCCUCUAGAUUCUAGUAUCAGCUAUAUAGUUAAUUUUCUUGAUCACAUUGUGUGUUAGAAUUAGAUGAAGUUUAUCAUAGGCAGUUGCUAGUUAGUUAGGACUAGUUAAAUUGGUUGGGAUCACAUCACUGUAUAGAGUGUAUCUUACACUCAUUGUAAUCAACUUUUCUCAUUCUAUCUAUUCCAAAUAAUCAAUCUUUCUCAAUUUA